GCGAUUCAAUCCUCGUCGCUUCGAGUCGCGUCGGUGUACCGGCGAGAUGUAACGCGACUGACAACUCCACGGGAGAGAUCGUAAACCCUGUAAUCGUGACGUUUGUAACUGGUCCGACCGAUCGGGGAAUAAAAUAGCCGCGGUAUACGCGGACCCGUCCUGGUGAUCGCGAAGGUGUGGUGUGUGUUGCAACGGAUCGUUUCUUGUUUUUCUUUUUUACAUCUUUCUUUCCCUCCUGUUUUCCCUUGGUGACCAGGACAUCGAUCCCACGGUGCUGUCUGCAACGUGUCAAGGACACCCGGUCUACGACUCGGACUCGUCCGCCUCGAGGACGAGAUGGUAUGGAUCGUUGUACCUUACAAUUAUCUGCCAGGAAAGGAAGGAGGCUUCGAAAUAUAAAGAACCAAUGAGCGUCGACCUCAUCAUAACACCAUUCCGAAACGAAAACAUUUUCACCUGGACGACAAACUAACCAGUAGGCAAAAACAAUUUGCCAUAUCGAGUGUACAAUGCGGUGAUUCCAGGGAGGGCAGGACAUCUCGAUAGAAUCACAGUGCACUCAUAAAAGUGAUCCGAAGAUGAAGUGGCCAUUAGUGCUGACUUGCUUUCUGCUGCCGCAUUCGUGCAUCCUCGGCGCAUCGCAUGCCGGCUGUGAGUUUCCGGCGCAAUGGAACGGCCACUGGUUUCAAUCGGGGAAUCAGGGGUUGGUGACAGUGAACGGAUCCAUGAUGACCAGCAAGGGCCGCUGCAUCGAGACCAAAGACGACAAGUUCCUCAUUCAUGACACAGAGGUCAAGUGCUAUCGAUGCAUCGUGAUGCACAUGAAGCAUCCGAAUGUUCUUCAAUAUAAAGAGACUUAUUGCACGAUCGAGUCGCCAAAGCCGAGUCUGCCCUCGAUGUGCAGCGAGCUGACCAGCGACGCGAUUCUUAUUUCACUGUUUCGCACGGGCGCAGCCCCGAUGCCCUGUCCCUUCAAGGGACCCUUGGAAUUCACCUACAGCCACGGCGAGGGGGAAUGUAAUUCACCACUGUCCACUGCUGAAACCUGCACCCAAGAGUCGCGAUUGCUCCUUCGUUACCAGGCCUGCGCCAACGUUCUGUCUUCUGAAAGCGUUGACGUGGAGCUAGAGUGUCUUGCCACGUGGAAAGAGGGCAGCACGCACAAUUUAGUAGCACGGCUGCACAGCGCGCGAAAGACCAACGACGAGGACAGCUACAGAUGCUUUAUUUACGAACAAACUUCGAACAACUCGUGGAAUUUGGCGCAGAGCGCUGACGCCUCUUGCACAGGAUUGAUCAGCGUCAAGGAGGCUGCCAAGACCUUUAAAAUGAAACAGAAAAAUUCACCGAAUCGUUGCACUUAUCCCUCCUGGGUGGUGGCAAACAAGUCAUGGGUGGCCCUGGAUCCAAUAACGUCGCGACUGCAGGCAUCGCCUUACAACUUGACGAUCCUUGAUCGAAAGGAGACACGUCUGGUCUGUCAUUCCGUGGUUUCCAUCCACGAUCGUCAUUAUCAUCAUCCCUUCAAUCCUGACAAAGAGAUGCAGGUGCAGUACGUGGCCAAAGCUACCCUCGAUUGCACCAAUGGCUACGUGUGCCUGAUGUUCCACCGAAGGGACGACCAUGUAAUAGAGAUGCAGCUGUCGGAAUGGAGCCAACAACCUGACGACGUGUGCAACUCCAGUACGUUCAACUCCCACUCGACGCCGUACACGACGUUCAUUGCAACAGAUCCGAUGACAAAGCAGUGUCCCAACCUGGGUCGCUACGAGAUUGUCUCCGUGCUUCAUUCGCAUGCCGGUGAGAACCCCGAAGAGAUACUGGGCGUGGAGGGUGAACCGAACAUGGCAAACGCCGCCGAAGUGCAAGACGUCAGGGUCACAUCGACACCGUAUCCGGGACGAUGUCGGUACGGAAGUGUUCGCCGACUGGAUAUCGGUUGCAAGACACCGGAUCGCAUGGAGUUUGCCACGUCCUGCAGCGACGAGUCACCCUCGGAAUACUGGUGUCACGGAACUUGGAUCGAAAACGACACGGCAUACUUGGUCGCUAGUACGGACGUGGGACGAUAUUGUCUCGUUUACAGUGCAUCCGCCGCGGCGACAGGAAGCCGUGAACUCUCAGUGACGGGUCAUCUUGCUUCCUGUCCGAGGCCCUCUCAUCGUCAUCUAGUAUCGUGGCAGGUCAACCUCACGUCGUACGCGCAAUGUGGCGACAUCUCGACGGCCACAUCGUGGACCUUCCGGAUCUCCGCUUCUGUGUACGUUCUGCUGGUUCUCGGCAUCAUCUUCGGCAGAUAUAUCGCGAGGUGAUACCAUUGAGUGGAGGAAACAGGCCAAACAGAAACGGCCGUGUAGUCAGCUACACAGAACGACAAGCCCAACAACUACAACAAAUCUCUAUAUAAAUAAACAAAACGAAAAUAUAUAAAUAUAUAUAUAAAUAUAAAUACAAGAAAAAAAAUUAUAUAUAUAUUAAACAGAACGAUUUAAUGGAAGGUGCCGAGAUCGAGGGAGAAAGUAACCUAAUAAUCAAGCUUAGUGGAUAAGUGAUCGUGGCUGCAAACUGUGCUGAGAGGAGGGUUGAGCUACUUGGAAGAUUUUCAUCGACGCUGCGAAUAUGGCGGACACCUGAACGAUCAGCUGUAUAUAAGCUAGGAAUUCGUUUAGAAGAAAAUGAUAAACUUUACUGGAAAGAUUGAAAUAGGACCCACACCCUUCUCCAGGUGUGUAUUACAUUCUGCAUGGGUGCUUUGGGUGCUGGGACCUAGGUGUUUGGUGAUGGGCGGAUCGCUGUGAGCAUGUAGAUAGGUUUUCAAAGUGUUCUUUUCAAAUAUAUUUGAUUUUCUCAUCAGGAUGUACUGGUGAUGCAAGUUACCUGUCUCUGUGUGAUAUAUGAUUAUUCAAUUGUCAGAGUACCAGUAAAGCUUUCAUGAUUUAUGUGGUGGGGAAUUAUCUGUAAUCAAUUUAUUUCACAGAAUUAUUUAUAGUGGUAUUGAAAGUGUGAUAUAACGUAACUUCUCAACUGCUUCAAAGAAACCUAGAAUGUUGAACUAUCUUCCAUAAGUCGAUACCCUGAAUGUGAUCUAAUGAAUGAAUAUUUCUAAUUAAACCAAAUUAAUUUUCCUUCGCCACAAACACAUCAGAUACAUCGAACGAAGGAGGAAACAGUAGGAGAGCAAGAAAGAAGAAGAAAUAACAAAACAAAACAAAAAUAAGGGUGCUGGGGCCAAUAUCGUGUGCGUCGAACGAUGACUGUAUAUCCCAGUGAGUGAGAAUGAGUGAGUGGGAGAGAAAGGGAAUCAAGAUGGAAGACGUGCAAAAGUAAAUGAAACCCAGAAAAGAAGGAAGAUAAAAGCGAAGAGAAGAGAGAAACUUUAUAGUACUUGUUUAGGGUGCUCGACGUCCGCCACAUUCGCAGAGCUGUUUUCCAGGUCGAACGAAACGUGUAUUUACUCGCCAGCCAGGGAAUACUGUUUCGACUGUAAUUAUACACGUUUUAAUUAAAGUUCCGCGGCACGAUCGCGUGGCCGAAGAAAAACACGAGAAUCUUAUCCGUACGUGUAACCUGAUGCCCGUGUGUGUGUGUGUAAAAAAAGGAAAAUAGAAAAAAAGAACGAAAGAGAGGUUAGUGGUGCUGCGCCAUGAGUACCAACAGCUAAAAACGAUUAUUAUUAUUAUUAUAACUAUCAUUGUGCGUGUUGGAACGAGCGUAUAAACGGACUUCUCCCUUCUUCCAUGUCUUCUUUCCUUUUAUUUUUCUUACUGUGCCAUUUUUUCACUUUGAAAAUGGACUUCGACGUUAGCUUGUAAGGACUGUACAUUAACACCUUGCCCAUUGUUCUGAUAACCUGAAAUGGUGGUUGUGCCAUAUCAAUUUGGAGGUUAAGAUUCGUUCAAUAUGGCUUUAUUAACUGAAAAAGGAAAUAUGAAAACGGGCCAGGUUUAAUUAUGCUAAAAUUUUAUUCUUUUAAUUAUUAUGGUAUUCAAUUAAUAACCAAAAAAUAUGAGGAAUGUUAAUGACCUCAGGUUGGUAAGGUGUUAAAUGCUACCGUGACACUGUUUUAAGGACUGGAAAGAGGAUUUCCUGAUUUAAUCUGAACUACACGAUCCUUGGAAUCCCUUCUUUCGGGUCGACCCCUGAAUUGAAAUUCACCAGACGAGCUCAUUACUUCCUCUUUUAUUUCUGUAGCUUUCUGAAUGAACUACGCUUCAAGGUCGCUUUGUGAUGUUACACAUUGAUUUCAGCGAUACUUUAUUAAUAGAAAAUUAGCUAAUUAAUUUAAAAUUUGAUGAAGUGGCUCAGUGGCUCAAUGAAUCUUAGAUCCUUAAGAUGUGAGUUACUAAUUAUUUAUUUAAUUAAAGUUUCAGAAGUUCACAAGUUUUUAGUCUAUUGUUUGCUUUAACAUAUAUUUAUUCCGUCUAGUCGGUUCGGUCAUCCACUUUGAAAUACACUUCAGCUGCAGUCCCGUCGGUUCGGUCGGUUCCAUCGAAAUAUCCACAAGUUUGGUUAGUUUUGGGUUAGGAUUGAGUUAAAUUUAGGUUAAGCUUGGCCCAAUAGCGUCGAGAAUCUGUUAUAUAGGAGAACCUCUACGUUCUGAACGCAUGAAUUCCCAAAGCUAAGUACCAAGUUUCAUCCCAAUUGACCACCGAAAGAAUAUUCAAUUAACUUGAUAUAAAAUAAGCACGACAUAUCGAGGGAACUCAAUUAAAACGAACAGUCUGUACUGUGAAAACGAAAGCAAAAAAUGAAGAAAAGAGAAAUUGUAUCCAAUUUCUCUGGUAAGAAGCACGAAAGAAAAGAGGAAGGAAAGAGAAGAUUCUUGUUAAAAGUGCAGAUAUUUUUCACGUGUAACUACAUUUAAUUAAGGACUAACGCUGACUAACGAAGAAAGGAGAUAGUACUUGGUCGCAUAGCUAGUCGAUUUACUAUACAUACUUGGAUAGUUGGGUAUACAUAUUAUAAAUAUGAAAUAUAAAUAUAUAAAUAUAUACAUAUAAAUACACGAGGACAAUUCGAUGUUGGUUACAAGCUUGUACACUAUUAGAUAGAAAGAAAAGAAAAAGGGAACUGUACGUCUGAAAGGGGGAGGUGGGGAUGUGCUAUUAAGUCCAGACUCACUAUGAGUCUAACUCACUCCAUAUCUCAAACUCAAUCUAGAUUAGUGUUCCUAAAAAAAUACCAACCACACUAAUUAAAAAAAAACUUAUUUAAAAUAAUCAGAAACCUUCAAAAAAGUUUAAUAUCUUUUUAAUUUAACAGAAAAAUCUUUUAUUUUGAGAGGUCCUAAAGGUAUCAAAUCAGUCUAAAAUCAUUCUUGUCCAUCCCCAAACACAUACUAGCUAAAAAAAUCCAUACAAUGUUCCAAUUGAUUAAAAAAGAAUCAAAACGUGACUGUCCUAUUCAAUUCUACUUGUCAGACAGAUAACAACAACAGUUCCGAUCCCCUGUUUUUUUCGAAAUGAAGAACGACAACAGCUCCACCUAACUGUAAAUAGUAGAUUUAACGAUUUUCGUGUAGGAUGGAAGGAAAGAUAUGAAACGAAGGAAACAGAAGAAAACGAAGGCGAUAAAAAGUGAAAAUGCAUGAAACACGGUCAAUCGGUUCCACGCGCGUUUUGUCGCAAAUUUUUUCCUGUAAAAAAUCUGAAAGAAUGUGUGCGAGAGAGAGAAAGAAAAGGAUGAGAAUUUGGUUUUAUAUAGAACGCGAGAAUGUAGAUUUCAGGGUAUUUAUAUCGAAGGUUAAAUAGUUAUACAGAUAUGCAAGAAAAAUAUUUAAAUAUAAAUUAUAUUAUAAAUAUGAAUAUAAAUAUGGGAGAAUAUAUAUAUACUAUGUUUUUAUUGUUGUGAAUUUAAUAAAUGAUGGUCGACGUCUUGCAAAAUUAUUGUCGACCUGGAUACGUAUUUCGUGUUCCAUCGAAAAACAUACUUUUCUGAUCCUGUCGUCUUUUGUUUGCUAAUAAAUAUUGAUAAAAAAUACAGAUUUCAAAAUAAAAAGCACACUUUUCCAACUGAACUCUUUUGUAAAAUUGAAUUAUAAAAAUGGGAACUAUGCAAAAUUAUAAAAUUGUCGUGUUUGAUAGUGUGAAAUAUUGUGAAAUUUCAAUAUUUUGAAAAAAGUAACAAUGGUUCUUUGAAAAGCACGUUCGAUGAAAUAAUGACGAAGAGCGACAGAAACGUAUCUGUAUUCUUUCGACGAUGUAAAAUAAUGUUUAUAAUCGUAAUGAAAAUUCGAAGGACAGGUAUUUACGAAGGUGGGUGGUGAGUAAAUCAAUUUGCGAACGAAGGUGCACUACAUGCUGUUUUAUUUGAUAUGGUGGUGGGUUUGAUAUGAGAUAUUGAUCGUUUGAAGUUGGAAAGCAUUUGAACUGCCAUUCGCCGAAUACAAACGAAGAUAGAUAUGAUAUUAAUUAAGAAUAAAAUUGAUUUGAAAUUUAUUGAUAUUGGUAAAUAAUG